UCAAUGUCAAAUAAUUGGUUUCUGUUUGUGAUGUUUUUGUUAUCAAUCACAAUUAUUAAGGGUUAAUUUUAAAGUAAACGAUUUUCUUGUGAACAGUAAUAAUAUAUAGAUAACAAAAUGGGGAAAGCAGAAGUUGGAACCCCAAAAUACCUCUCCAAUAAAAUGAAGGCAAAAGGUCUUCAGAAAUUGAGAUGGUAUUGCCAAAUGUGUCAAAAACAGUGUAGAGAUGAAAAUGGAUUUAAAUGCCACACAAUGUCUGAAUCCCAUCAACGACAACUGCUUUUAUUUGCGGACAAUUCAAAAAGGUAUAUCGAUGAUUUCUCGUUUCAAUUUGCAAAGGGCUACAUGGAAAUUUUGAGGCGACAAUUUGGCACUAAAAGGGUGAAUGCAAAUAGAGUUUACCAGGAAUACAUCCACGAUCGCGAUCACAUACAUAUGAAUGGUACUAGAUGGGUUACAUUAACAGGGUUUGUGAAAUGGCUAGGUAGAACUGGGCAAGCUAUUGUGGAUGAGACAGAAAAGGGGUGGUUUAUCACAUAUAUCGACAGAUCACCAGAAACUGUGGAACGCGAAGAAAAGAAAAAGAAGAAACUUAAAAUGGAUAAAAACGAUGAAGAAAAACGAAUGGAAUUUAUUGAAAAACAAGCUAAACUUGAUAAAGAAAAGGCUGGCCCGUCUGUUGAGCCAGUCUAUUCAGAAUUAAUUAGAGAGAAUGAGGAGGAGACUUUAAAAUUGGAUAUAAAACUAAAAAAUAGUAAGACUUCUGUUCCAGUCGUUGCAGAAAAGAUUUUUAAAAGACCAGCGGAACCGAGUAAAAAUGGCGACGUUAAAAGAAGCAAGGCUGAAAACAAGAAGAAAACUGCUCUUGAUGAAAUAAAGGAACAGGAAGAGAUAGAGAGAGAAAAGAAAAACCGUAAAGAUUACUGGAUUACUGAAGAUAUUAUCGUAAAAGUUAUGACAAAAAGCUUAGGAGAAGAUUUUUAUAAACAAAAAGGUGUGAUUCGUGAAGUUAUUGGAAAAUAUGUCGCUAUAGUCAAAUUAUUCGAGAGUGGUAAAAAACUGAAAAUAGAUCAAGAACAUUUAGAGACCGUUAUCCCAGCUAUAGGCAAGUUAGUGAAAGUUGUGAACGGUGCUUAUAGGGGUGAAAUAGCAACUUUAUUAUCUUUGGAUGAGAGGAAUUUCUGUGUGGACAUUGAAAUAGCAUCGGGAGUGUUAAAAGGACGGAAAUUAUGUGGUGUAGAAUACGAAGAUAUUUGUAAAUUGAACGACCAAUAACUUUAAUUUUAAACGAAGUAAUUAUGUAUCAAAGUAAUAUGUAAAACGUUUAAUUUUAUAA